AUGCCUAAGGAUAAAUCUUCCUUUAAAUCUUCCAAUAAAUCUAUCAAUCCUUAUACUGUUAAUAAGAUUCUUAUUCAAGAGGUUAAAACUCUUCAAGGCCAGAAUAAAAAUCUUUUUGAUACAAUAAAUUCACUUAGUAAUACUCUCACUCAGCUUUCAAAUCUUGUUUCUAAAGUUAUUAUUCCUGCAGUUGCUUCUUAUACUGCUGUUCUUCAGUAUCAUAGGUUCUAUGAUAAAGAUUACUAUAUCAUUACUGAAUUUAAAAGUUCUUUGGGUCCUGAAGUUUCAGAGCUUCCUAGUUUCUUUGAUGAAUUUGAUCAAGAUAUCCUUGCCAUUGCCAAUGAGAUUUCGAUACAAUAA